UACGUCACACAUCAGUCAUUUCGUUUUGCUCUGGGAUGAAUAUCCAUUUUUGUGCUGUGUGAUAUCUGUGUUAGUGGCUCUUGUGCAAUACAGAAGAUAAAAAUCAGCCAAUUUUUGAAAAGUUUUACGCGAAUAAGAUCCAUGCGACCUUACAAAAUUCGUUUAAAAUAAUCUUGCAUUUAGCUGUCGAAAAUUAUAAAUUUUUGUGUAAGAAUUCCAAGAAGAGCAGAAGUGUUGUCUGGUGCAUUUUCGAACUGCUUGAAAAUGAAGAUUUAUAAAUUUUUAAUAUUAAAUCGAAUUAUUAGAAGCUCUAAGACUGUUAGUAAUAUCAAGUUACAUAUUUGAAUCGUGCUCGCAGAAAAGUGAGGUUAGGUUUCAUUAAUUAAUUUUUUUCGCGGAAAUUUGACGUGGUUAAAAUUUCCUUUGUGACUUAUCAGUGUAAAAAGAGUCUACAAAAGACCUCAAGUACUUAAAUAGUGUUUCUUCUAUUUUUUAUUAAUGUUUUUUAAUCCAAAUAUUAUGUAUACUAGUGAUUAUAAUAGAUAUAUUAAAGUGUUUAGUGCUAUAAAUUUGGACAAAAUUAGUGGGAUCUGUACCAAUAAGAUGCACAAUGUCGAAUCUGCCUUUGUAACAUCUAGCAUUGGUUAUCGAGCAAAAAAUGACCCUGGCGACUGACAUCGAUUGCUAAAAAGUCUAUAUUAUGGAUAUAUGACAUUUACUUGAUAUCAUUUCACCCCGGGUUGAUUUUAUUUUUGAAGUUAAGGUUAUAUGGAAAAACACUUGAGACACAGAAAAACCUGAAGAUUUUUUUAGAUGAAGGGCAAAGUGUAGAAAAAGUUAUACUUUGCAACCUAGAAUUCCAGAGAGCUACGUAUUUGUUGUGCUGGACACAAAACCUAAGAAAAAGUACUUCAUUCAGUGUUCAUUUUGACUGUAUGCAUUUACUUAAACUUAAUUUAACAUAAAAGCAAAUUAUUAAUAUAAAAUAGUGUCAUUUUGUUAAUCUAAUUCUUGAACCUCAUAGUGGCAUUGUGAAUCUGACCAAGUGAGUGUUUUUAAAAUUAAGUGUUAGACAUGGGGUCCGAAAGUAUCUUUUCGAAAAUAUGCGGAAAUGGGUCCCAGAAAGCGGACCUGUCCAAAAUUCAGGAACAAAACGAGGGACUUCUCAGAGGGCCACAGUCCGAUGGCUAUAUGAUGUACUUAAACAAAGGCCAAGAUGAUGAAAUGCAAUUUUGUUGCUACAAACGAAGUACCUUGAAAACUGCAAUUGUUUACCUCAGUUUUGUACUUACCGGAGGCAUACUUAGAUUAAUAUUCCAUUGGAUUCCACAUUGGUUUCUUUUGGCUACUUCAGAAAAGUGCAAGAUCAAUGAAGCCGAAAUGCUACUGAUAACGGAAAUUUACAAUAAAAACCAUAAAAUUUAUCAUGUAAAACCAUUGAAAGUAUUGACUCCAGAAAAUGUGGCAAAACUGCGAAAUGACGACAAUUUACUCAAUCAUCAUCACGUUUUGGUUAGCGAAUCACCUCCAGCUCUUUCCGUUCACUUUGAGAACGGACAUUUUCGAGAUCUCGACAAGUUGUUGAUGUUCUCAUGUAAAAAGGUGACGUACAUCUGGGACAAUGAAAAGCAAGAAUUCGUUAAAUUAGUCGGUCUAGAUAGAGGAGUAUCUUGUGAGAUAUUCCACAAAUACAAACCAUUAAGUCCAAGUGAGCAAUUCAUGAGGAGACUGGUUUACGGACCAAAUAAGAUUGUAGUAAAAGAAUUGUCAAUUUGCACCUUACUAUGCCUCGAAGUUCUCAAUCCUUUCUACAUCUUCCAAAUCUUAAGCUUUAUAUUAUGGUUUGCCGAUGAUUACUAUUAUUAUGCCGCCACUAUUAUGCUUAUGGCCAUGGGCGGCAUCAGCAUGUCGGUGAUGCAAACAAGAAAAAAUCAAAGAAAUUUGAGGUCUACUUGUCAUAGCAGCGAUGUAUGUACCGUUCUGCGGCGAAUGCCGAAAAGCAAUUUGAACGAAGUCGAUAUGGCAUACAAGAGUGAGACUAUAUCAACCGAGUACUUAGUACCGGGAGAUAUAUUGGAAAUACCCUCCCAUGGGUGCGUUAUGUACUGUGACGCGUUGUUACUUACGGGAAAUUGCAUUCUCAAUGAAUCGAUGUUGACAGGUGAGUCAGUGCCGGUGACCAAAACGGCACUGCCUAAUGUAUCUAGCGCCGCCUACGAUCCAAAGGAGCAUGCGAGGCAUACUUUGUUCUGUGGUACGCACGUUAUACAAACAAGGUACUUUGGAAAUGAAAAAGUGCUGGCAGUUGUAGUUAGAACCGGAUUUUCGACAGCUAAAGGAAAUUUGGUUAGAAGCAUCUUAUACCCCCCACCGGUCGAUUUCCGUUUUGAAAAAGAUUCCUACAGAUUCGUCACCCUUCUGGGUUUCAUCGCUUUCAUAGGAUUCAUUUAUACUGUAGUAACUAAGGUGAUGAGAGGCGUGCACGCCAGAGACUUAAUUUUAGAAGCCUGCGAUUUGAUAACAAUCGUCGUACCUCCCGCUUUGCCGGCGGCCAUGACGGUGGGAAGAUUCUAUGCCCAGAUAAGGUUAAAGAGGAAAGAAAUCUUCUGUAUAUCGCCAAGGACCAUUAACGUGUCCGGCUCUAUAAAUUGCGUUUGUUUCGAUAAGACCGGAACUUUAACGGAGGACGGUUUAGACCUGCUCUGCGUAGUUCCCAUUGAAGAAAAAGGGUUUAGGAUGCCAGUGAAGAAUGUGGAGAGUUUACCUUACAAUUUAUUUGUUUAUGGACUGGUUUCGUGUCAUUCUUUGACGAUAAUCGACAAACAGAUUGUGGGAGAUCCACUUGAUUUAAAGAUGUUUGAGAGCACGAAGUGGGUUAUGGAGGAACACGACGUCGCCGACAAUAACAAAUUCAACAUGAUUUUCCCUACCGUACUUAAACCGCCAAAGAACCGGCCUAGCUCCCAGCAAAACCUGGAAGGCCUACAGAUCGGUAUAAUAAGAGAAUUUCCGUUCUCAAGUAGCUCGCAACGCAUGGGUGUUAUCGUGAGACGUCUCAAUGGCACCCAUUUCGAAUAUUACUGCAAGGGUUCUCCCGAAAUGAUACUAAAUUUUGUACGAAAGGCAUCUGUACCCGACGACUUUCUGGACGUCUUGGAAUCUUAUACCCAAGAAGGGUAUCGCGUCAUCGCCUUGGCACAUAAAGAGUUGAAACUGUCUUACGCUAAGGUUCAAAAAGUCCAAAGGGAGUCCAUAGAGAAGGAUAUGGAUCUGCUUGGAUUGAUAGUGUUGGAGAACAGAUUAAAACCUGAUACUACUCCUUGCAUUCAGGCUCUUAACGACGCGAAUAUAAGAGUUAUUAUGGUUACGGGUGACAACAUUUUGACGGCUCUAAGUGUGGCGAAAGACUGCGAUAUAGUCACGCCCUGUCAAAGCAUAAUAACCGUUAACGUCGACAAUAGCCAUCCUCCGAACUUAUACUACACCUUGACGAACACGAAAAGUAAACAGUUGCCGACAGAUUUGAGUGUUCUAACAAAUUCUGCCAGCGUGAUGAGUUUGGACACCAUCGAAAGCCAGGUGCAAACUAUAACCAAUAGUAGCAUGGUGAAGGCUGAUCCCAAACGGCCGAGUUUGAUGUUCAAUAAUUAUCGAUUUGCUAUGACCGGAAGAGUCUGGGGUGUGGUGAAAGAGUAUUAUCCGGAAUUGCUGCCUAGGCUUUGUACCAGAGGUAAUAUUUUUGCAAGGAUGGGUCCUGAUCAGAAACAGCAACUAAUUCAAGAGUUGCAGAGUUUGGGAUAUUGUGUUGCUAUGUGCGGAGACGGAGCCAACGAUUGCGGCGCUCUAAAAGCCGCCCAUGCCGGAAUAUCCCUGUCAGAAGCCGAGUCAUCCGUCGCCUCACCCUUCACUUCCAAGACACCUAACAUCACCUGCGUCUUGAACGUCAUAAGGGAAGGCCGAGCUGCUUUGGUAACGAGUUUCGGUAUCUUCAAAUACAUGGCUGCUUACUCUCUAUGUCAGUUCAUAUCCGUACUUCUCCUGUACAGCAUCGAGUCAAACUUGACUGACAUGGAAUUUCUGUACAUCGACCUGGCGAUGAUAUCGAUUUUCACUUUCUUCUUCGGCCGCACCGAGCCUUACCAAGGAAAAUUGGUCAAGGAGACUCCGCUUAGCAGUCUGAUGAGUGUCAGUCCCAUCCUGAGUUUACUUUUGCAAAUAUUUUUGGUUGGCGUUUUCCAAGUGGCUUCGUUUGAGCACUUGAAAUCUGAGCCUUGGUAUGUUCCUUUCAAUUCAACCGAAGAGGAAGACGUGGCUUGUGUUGAAAACUACACUUUAUAUACCGUCUCCAGUUUUCAGUACAUAAUUUUGGCUGUGGUAUUUUCCAAGGGGCCUCCGUAUAGGAAAAACAUAUUUACCAACUUUGGGUUCGUGUUAAGCACGAUGGUGAUGACGGCGAUUUCAAUUUAUCUCGCUUUAAGCCCAGCGCAGUUCCUCAUCGACCAGUUCGAGUUGGUUUUGCCGGAAGACUUCAAUUUCAGGUUGUUCAUGCUGGUGUACGCCGGGGUUAACUUCGUUCUAAGUCUCCUAGUGGAACACUUGCUAAUCGAACAACUUAUAUUUAAAAAGUUGAGGUUCAAGUUCCACAAAGUGGAUAAAUCUAAGCGUAAAUACCUCGCCGUUGAACGGGACUUGAACAGGGACACGAAAUGGCCGAGCUUAACCUCCGAUUUCAAAUCGGCCGCGAGUCCGAUGAAUCCGCUUCCGAUUUGUACAGCGGAAAUAGUGAUCGAGAAGGAAAACAAAUUCGACAAGAACCACGUGCUGAACAAACUGUACGAAAACUCCGACAGCCCGUCUAGGGCCAGCUUGUACAGCCAGAAGGCGAACAAUACCAGUGCUUUAAACUCUCCCGACCACCAGAAGUUUGGCCUUAAUUUCGCCCCGGGUUCUCCGAAUGUCCAGCCUCAAUUUCAAGUGAACGGCGUUGUGCACAACGAGACGGGGUAUUUCAGCCAGGAAGACUUGCUGUUUUCCAGCCUGCCCUCGGAGAGUUUGACUAGUCAGAGCGAGACGUUCAAGAGUUUGAGCAAUAACACCAACUACGAUUUGGCGAGUUCGCACUUGAACAUCGCCGAGUUGCCUUACGACAGCGUGAACCACUCGCCUGUUGUUUCUCCCGUUAAGGUUCUGAAUUCUCGUCACGACGUGGAGAACGACGGGAGUUUAUCCAAUUUUAAUUCGUUCGGUAGAAGUCCCCCGCAGAACGUAGAGAAGCUUAAGUCGGUAGAAAUGAAUGUUUUAGAUACAAAUAGGUGAGAUACGGCACAAUUCCGAAAUAUAAGAAUUCUGUUUGCAGCUGCUAGGUGACACUUAUUUUAAUUGACAGAUUACGCAAUUUAAAUUUUUUGUACACGAUUUUGUAUGCAUUUCGUACAGUAUUAUUUGUUGCACUUGUAGUUCUAAGGAAUCCACCUGGAAAAUUUUGGUAACAAGGAGAAAAAAUAUAGAAAUUAUCGAAUAAGUAAUGUACGGGAUUGGUACCGAGCCCUUUCAAACUAAAUUAUUGACAGUAUACAAAAAUAAAAUAAAAACAAAUUAUAAAAAAAAUUCUCUAUUUUGAAAAAUAGGAAAACAUAAAUGCUUUAAUAUCAUACAAAUCUGAAUAUAUCAAGAAUUUUUACGCUAAAACUAACAUCCAACGAAGCAACAGUAAUUUAGUUUAAAAAGGCUGAUUCCAACAACUUAGGGGGGAACAUCCGAGUAUACAGCGGAAGAAAUAGAUGAACUUUAGGAAUUAUUAUCUCAAAAACUAUCUGUUCGAUUUUAUCCAGGUUUGUUUUAUUCGAAAGUAUACAUGUUGAAUAGGGUGGCCCAAAAAAACGAAUAUUUUUUUUGUCUUGUGAAAAUAUGUUAGUUUAUCAUGUUUUAAGAGCCCCCU